AUGGAGACUCUCAAGCGCAAGGCCCCGGACGGACCUGCGCCUGCCGGCAACGCCUCCCCUCUCAAGGCGCCGCGCGCAGACGCCGCGGAGCCUCCCGCCCGCACCACCCUCGCCGCCGCGGAGCCCAUCGCCUGCGUGCACGACGUCUCCUAUCCGGAAGGCUGCGACGCGGCCGCCUCUGCCUCCCGCGUGCUUGCCGGCGGUGCUGAGGGCUCUGAGCCCGCCAAGAAGUUCCCCUUCCCGCUCGACCCGUUCCAGGCCGAGGCCAUACGCUGCCUCGACAACGGCGAAUCCGUCAUGGUUUCAGCUCAUACAUCAGCUGGAAAGACAGUGGUCGCCUUGUAUGCAAUAGCAAUGUCUCUGCGCAACCAACAGCGUGUCAUCUAUACGUCUCCAAUCAAGGCAUUGAGCAACCAAAAAUACAGAGAGUUCAAAGAAGAGUUCUCUGAUGUUGGUCUCAUGACUGGGGAUGUCACAAUCGAGCCGAAUGCCUCCUGCCUGGUCAUGACCACGGAAAUUUGGCGGAGCAUGCAGUACAAAGGAUCUGAGAUCAUGAGGGAAGUUGCUUGGGUUAUAUUUGAUGAGGUGCAUUACAUGCGGGAUAGAGAGAGAGGAGUGGUGUGGGAGGAGAGUAUAGUGAUGGCUCCCAAGAACUCACGUUUCGUGUUCCUCUCAGCUACUGUACCUAAUGCCAAGGAAUUUGCUGAUUGGGUAGCUAAGGUACAUAAACAACCUUGCCAUAUAGUAUACACCGACUACCGACCCACACCUCUCCAGCACUAUGUAUUUCCUUCAGGAGGGGAUGGAUUGUAUCUGGUAGUGGAUGAGAAGGGCAAGUUCAGAGAGGACAGUUUCCAGAAAGCAUUGAAUGCGCUUGUCCCUGCAAGUGACGGUAACAAGAAGAAGGAAAAUGGGAAGUGGCAGAAAGGUAUCGUGGCAGGCAAAUCUAGUGAGGAAAGUGACAUAUUCAAGAUGGUUAAAAUGAUAAUUCAGCGUCAAUAUGAUCCUGUGAUACUUUUCAGCUUUAGCAAAAGGGAAUGCGAAUUUCUUGCUAUGCAGAUGGCUAAGAUGGACUUGAAUGAGGAUGAUGAGAAGGCAAACAUUGAAACAAUUUUUUGGAGUGCUAUGGAUUUGCUUUCUGAUGAUGACAAAAAGCUUCCACAGGUUUCAAACAUGCUACCCUUACUGAAACGUGGUAUUGGUGUGCAUCAUUCUGGUCUGUUGCCCAUCUUGAAGGAAGUGAUUGAGAUUCUCUUCCAGGAGGGCCUCAUCAAGUGUUUGUUUGCCACAGAAACAUUCAGUAUUGGGCUGAACAUGCCUGCAAAGACUGUUGUGUUUACCAAUGUGCGAAAAUUUGAUGGAGACCGAUUCAGAUGGUUGUCGAGUGGUGAGUACAUCCAGAUGAGUGGCCGUGCUGGUCGUCGAGGUAUUGAUCAGCGUGGUAUCUGUAUCCUGAUGGUAGAUGAGAAAAUGGAGCCUUCAACUGCCAAAAUGAUGCUGAAAGGAAGUGCUGAUAGUUUGAACAGUGCCUUUCAUCUGAGCUACAAUAUGCUGUUAAAUCAAAUGAGAUCUGAGGAUGGAGAUCCAGAAAAGCUUCUUCGGUUUUCAUUUUACCAAUUCCAGGCUGAUCGAGCUCUCCCUGAUCUUGAGAAGCAAAUCAAGGAACUGGAAUCAGAUAGGAAUUCCAUGGUUAUUGAGGAAGAGGAGAGCUUGAAGGAUUACUAUGAUCUCUUACAGCAGUACAAAAGUUUGAAGAAGGAUGUCCGUGAUAUUGUCCUAUCUCCAAAACAUGUUCUGCCUUUCUUGCAACCUGGAAGGCUUGUCCGUAUUCUAUGCGGCACAGAUGAGUCAGCCACCUUCUCCAUUGAUGAAAAUGUCUCAUGGGGAAUUAUUAUAAACUUUGAAAAAGUGAAAUCCAAUGGUGAAGAUAGGAGGCCUGAAGAUUAUGAUUAUAGAGUUGAUGUCCUUACCAGAUGUUCUGUAAGUAAGGAUAGCAGCGGAAAGAAAACAAUGAAGAUUAUUCCUCUGAAACAACGUGGAGAACCAGUUGUUAUUUCACUGCCACUUUCACAGAUUGAUGGACUAAGCAGCAUCCGGAUGUACAUACCUAAGGAUCUUCUGCCCGUAGAAGCUCGAGAAAACACCUUGAGGAAAGUUGAAGAAGUGCUGUCAAGGUUUGCUAAAGAUGGGGUACCUCUAUUGGAUCCAGAAGAGGAUAUGAGUGUACAAUCAAAAUCUUUUCGGAAAGCUACCAGAAGAAUAGAAGCUCUGGAGGGCUUAUUUGAGAAGCAUGAUAUCCAUAGUUCUCCACAUAUCCAGCAAAAACUUAAAGUCUUGCAUGCUAAGCAAGAAUUAUCAGCUAAAAUAAAGUCCAUCAAAAAGACAAUGCGGUCUUCCAGUGCUUUAGCUUUCAAGGAUGAGCUCAAGGCCCGGAAACGGGUUCUUCGCAGGCUGGGAUAUGCUACGGGCGAUGAUGUUGUGGAAGUGAAGGGCAAGGUGGCCUGCGAGAUAAGCUCAGCUGAUGAGCUAACAUUGACAGAGCUUAUGUUUAGUGGCACUUUGAAGGAUGCUACCGUAGAACAGAUGGUGGCCCUGCUUUCUUGCUUUGUUUGGCAGGAGAAGCUCCAGGAUGCCCCAAAGCCAAGGGAGGAGCUUGAUUUGCUCUUCUAUCAAUUGCAGGAGACGGCUAGAAGGGUUGCUAACCUUCAGCUUGAGUGCAAGAUCCAAAUUGACGUGGAAAGCUUUGUGAAUUCUUUCCGACCUGACAUAAUGGAAGCGGUGUAUUCAUGGGCCAAAGGGUCGAAAUUCUACCAAAUCAUGGAGAUGACCCAAGUGUUUGAAGGCAGCUUGAUCAGGGCCAUCAGGAGGCUGGAGGAGGUUCUGCAGCAGCUAAUUCUGGCAUCCAAGUCGAUUGGGGAAACUGAAUUGGAAGCAAAACUUGAGGAGGCAGUCAGCAAGAUCAAGAGGGAUAUAGUAUUCGCUGCAUCUUUGUACUUGUAACAUGUCUUGAUGGCGUCAUGAUUUCAUAAGAGCUCCAAAGCGCAUAGAGAAAUUAAAUCACUCCUGGUGGAGCUGUCUGGUGGAAACAUGGAGCAGUGAUAUGGCAGGCAAAGUUUUGUUGGUGGUGUUAACCUUGUAGGGCUUGUUUGGAAUGCAAGAUGUAAGAAUUUUGCAGGAACCUUUGCAGUUCUACCAGAAAUUCUGGAGAACCACAGGAAUCGAUGUAGCUUGUACAAGUAAGUUAGGAAUAGUCCAUGGACGGAAAUCUGUACUGAUUUUUGCCCUGUACACAAUCACAGACGCACUGAAAUCCAUUGUUUUUUUUGGUCAGAAGUGAGUGUAAGAAAGAGAGCAGGUCGAUUUCAGAUUA